AUGACCUCCAGAUACAGAGUUGAUUAUGCACUUAAGGAGCAUCGACGUGAUGAAUUCAUUCAGUUCAUCAAAGGCUUACUUUCUACCCCGUUUGUUCUCUAUGCCGUCAAACCUGCAGGAACCAUCUCCGAUGUGGAAGAGUUGAUGGUUGACUCGGAAGCCAAAAGACGGUAUGCUGAGAUUUUCCAUGACCUAGAAACCUUGGUAGAUAACCAUAUUGAGAUGACUGAAUCUGGAACUUCCAACUUAUCCCGAUUGCACCAGUUGGUACCGUCGAUCGGUACUUUUUUCACUCCUCUUCCUCUAGAGAAAGCCUUCUAUAUUGAGGAUGAAAGGCGUAGUAUCAGCAAGAGACGGUUGGUAGCACCUUCAUUUAAUGAUAUUAGGCUCAUUCUUAAUACUGCCCAAAUGCUACGUUUGGCCACUACUUUCAUGCACGGCAAGGACAGAAGAAGGAAGGCCAAGUAUUUGAGUAUGAAGCGCAGUAGCAGCAGUUUCAGUGGGGACAAUUCUUCAGGAUGUCUACAGUUGGUCACGUUUGAUGGAGAUAUCACCUUGUACGAGGACGGCGAUAACUUUUCUACGGAGUCGCCUCUAAUUCCCCAGCUCACUUCUCUGCUAUCUAAAGGCUUGUAUAUUGGAAUUGUUACCGCUGCCGGCUAUGCCGAUGCUGCAAAAUAUAAGGAGCGACUCAGGGGAUUGGUGGAGGCAUUGAAAGUAUCUACUAAUCUCACAGACAAUCAGAAAGAGAACCUAUUGGUAGUUGGAGGUGAAGCCAACUACCUGUUUCGAUUCAGCAGUGAAGUGGGAGAAUUUAGGCAGGUUGACCGCGAUGAAUGGUUAUUACCAGACAUGAAGCAAUGGGACGAGGCGGAUAUAAACGAGUGUCUUGAUUUUGCGGGCAAGAAUUUACAUCGAUUAAUGAACAAAUUGGAUCUCCCCGCUCAAGUGAUUCGUAAAGAGAGAUCUGUGGGACUGGUCCCAUUGGAAGGUCAUCAGCUUAUCAGAGAACAGUUGGAGGAAGUUGUUCUUCGAAUUGAUCAGGACCUGAAACGGUUUGAAACCGCCCAGCGAAUUAGAUGGUGCGCCUUCAACGGUGGUGCAGAUGUCUGGGUGGAUAUUGGAGAUAAGGCAUAUGGAGUUAAAAUUCUACAGGGUUAUCUAAGCAGAUCUCUAUGUCAUGAAAAUAUAGGGCCUUCCAACACCCUACAUGUGGGGGAUCAAUUCCUUUCAUUGGGGGCUAAUGACUACGCAAGCAGAACUGCAGCUACAACAGCCUGGGUCUCCAGCCCUGAAGAAACCCAUAAUUUACUCCAGGAUUUGCUUAACUUUAUUGAUGACUGGGCCGCCUACUGA